AUGUUGGCGUCGUUUCUUGUCUCUCGGCUCAACGCCGCUCUAUCGUCCGUCUUUCAUACCAUUGAGCGGGACCAGCUUAGCAUUUCGCUGCUUGCUGGCGAACUCUGUCUGGAAAACCUCCGCUUCAAAGAAGACUCCCUCCUUCCGUUCUCUUUCCCGGUGCAAGUCACGUAUGGAUGCGUUCGGUUUGUCCGCCUGAAGGUCAACUUUUUACGGCUUCUAUCGCGACCAGUGACCAUUGAGGCGAAAGAUAUCCUUGGGAUUCUGACGACCUUGCCAGCGAGCGAGUGGAGUGUGGAGGUAGAGGAAGAGAACUGGAGAAACAGCAAGCAGCUCCUGCUGCUGUCCGAUGAAUGGCUUACGUUUCUUCGGGAGGGCGACACAGGGGAAGGCUCCUCUUUCCUGGCUCGUCUGCUCGCCGCCCUAAUUAAACGUACAGAGCUGUUCGCGACGCGGGUGGAGCUUCGACUAGAGGAAGCGGAGAUCCGACACGACGGCUGCUUCUUCGCCGUAGGAUGGAGAGCCGAGCGAAUCCACACGCUCCUUUGUGAAGAAGAAACUGAUUUAUCGACGUUCAGCAACGGUAUUCCGUCGCAUGCCCCAGUCAAGCCCUCUACUGCUUGCUCUGUCUGUUCGUCGCCUGCAAACCUGACGACACGUGAGACAGUUGUACCCAGCAGCCGUUCGUCUCCCUCACCUAGGGCGCGAUCGUCUCCAGAGGCGUCGACUGCAGAGCCCUCCUCGGCAGAAGCUGUGCCGCCAUCUUUGGAGAGCGUCGAGUACUCCGUUUCUCCCUGUUUCGACUCAGCGACUGGCCGCCAGACGCGCCGUACAAACGAAGUUAUCAGAGACAACGACGUGCCGAGAUCUGUGCGAGCAGGGGACGCGACUGACGGCGGACCGACGCAGAACGGCGAGGGACCUGCGCAGCCCUUGCACGACAGCUUGCCAGACGGUACCCACGCACAGGCGCGAGCCCGAGCUCGUUGUCGUGAUUCCGCGCCGUCUAGAGCCCCGGCGGUUCCUAAUGUACCGGGGGAGACUGGCAGCGGAGACGCGGAUCCUCCGUACUCAUCCUGUGGCUCCAUUUGGCGACGGCUGGGGGCUGCACUGCUGCCUGGGAGACCAGCGAACUCUCCGCUGCCCUCCGCCGCUUCCUCAUUGUCUUCUUCUGCGUCGGCGAGCGGAUCGCCUUCACUGCAUAGGGCGAGCGACGGAGGCCGCGACCCGUGUUUGGCCCGCCUGCCCCCGAGACCUUGUUUCCUGCCUCAGUCUGAGAAUGCGUCACCCCCUCGACUGCGCGGAAGUGACACAAGGCAGUACGACGGACAGUAUGCAGACUUCGCCGAGGCCUGCGUCGAACCGCCUCGCGCACCUCCGUGGCUCCAUUCGCGGUCGCCCCCGUCCUCAUCAGUGCACUCUAUGAACAGCCAGAAGCUCUGCGACUCUGCAUCGUCUCAUUGCCCUCAGUGUUUCGCCGAGAGUCCCUCGGGUAACCGAUCUGUGACUUCCGCGCGUGCGGAAACCGUGCCCGACGGCGCGGACGUCCGCAACCACCGCACCGCUUCCCGUCUUUGCCUACUCUCGUCUUCUCAAGCCUACUUCAAGAAGAUUGAAUUCGUUCAUUCUGCUAUCUACCUUGAUCAGCUUACUUCCUCCGGCCCCCUCAGUCCGUGGCUCCCCCAUCCAGCUGCGUACCGUCGACAUCUCUUCUCGCAGGGCGUAUCAAGUGCUACUAGAGAGCCUCGCCGGACGUCUUUGCCUCUCGGGUCUCCUCAUCCGUUUCCGAUUCCGUCUACUGGGCUCACACCCCGCAUCCGCGGGGACUCGGAAAGACUCGAAACCGGCUCCGAAGAUGGCCCGCGCGAGGCGACUUUUACACCAUGUGACAUCGAAGCUCCACACGCUGGCGAUGGUAUAACCUCUCCUGCUCCCCGCCCUCCUUUGCCAUCGCCUCGACCUCGACGGCGGCCGGCGGAUGUGACUGGGCAGGCCCUGUCGGAACUUGAUGGCGACGAGGGUGGAGGCAGACAGACACAUCGGAUGGAAGAACGUGCACGGCUGCCUGUCGGGAUUGAGCUAACUGCCUCUGACGCUAGCCACGGGUCUCCUUUCGACAGUACGGAGAUCCGGCGGCUGAGCGCGCCUGCACCACGCAUGCGGCGGCGGGGACGUCGGAGCGAUCAACGGCCACGGAGAGGCGAAAAGCCGUCGCCGCUGGACGAGGCCGGAAGACGACAUGACGACCAGGAUCUCGCCGUGUCCCCUUCCUCUGCUGCGUCGUCGACCGUCCGUUCUGCUGUAGGCCGCGACCCAGGGGACGUAACAUCGUUGUAUGACUUGGUUUCACUUGAUGACAUGUUUUGCAAAUCUGAAGAGAGCGCGCCGCACCACGCAUACAUUUUUCGGCCAGGAAGGAUUGAAUUAUACCUCCGUCUGGUUCUCACUCCGAAACAGGGGGUCCAUUCGUGCCCCCUCCUCUCGGAUCGCUCCUUCCCUCGUCCGCUCCGGCCCUCUGUCGGGCCUCGCUCUCCAAAAGCUCUUUUGUCUAGUGCGGCGCCGGCUGGCUGCAGCCCAUCUUUUUCGCCCUGCGGCUGGAACCUGUCGUCGUCUGCAAUUCCUCUCUUGGAUCGGCUUCAGCGGACUACCGCGUGGUUCACUGACUCGACUCGUCGGAACACCGACAACGACGACGUGCCUUACCGAGACCCGGGGAGACACACUCGGGGUGAGGGCCGCCCGCGGACCGGAGCGGCAGCACAGGCAUGGGGCGACCAAGACCAACAGGAUGUCGUCCGUGUACAGCGUGGCGAUUCGCUUUGCCCCUCUUUCUCGCAGAAGGAAGAUAGCGUCUGUUUCGCUUCGCUCGAGAAGGCGCUUUUUGCGUCCCAGUCGCCUGACGCAGAGCGUAUUCUGGCAGAGGGAGGCAGUCCCUUCGCGUCGACAGCAGUGAAGGAGCCACCAUAUCUGCCUCCAUGCGGCAUGCUACGCCUCCCUGCUAGAGCGGGCGGGAGCGAGCACCGGCGAGGCGGGAGAGAACAAACACGCCCCAGCCGCGAUACCGGAGUUUUCACUUGGCCACAGUCGCCACGGGUCUCUUCGUCUUCGCCUCGUGACCGCGUGCGUCCUGGAAGACGCUUCAGCGAACACGUGCACGCUGCCGACAGCGAGGCAAUGUCUUCCAGUCUCCCGAAGCUUCGCCGCGCAGCUUCUCUUCGUCAAGACGGAGACAAUGCGCUGCGCGUUCGCCAUGCCUCCUCCGUGGCGUGUACGGCCUGGGAGAACGGGUGGUCCUCUGCCGACUCUCUGCGAAAUAGCAGACAAGGAGCAGUGCGCGGGAGUCGCACCUUACAUAACGCCGAUGACGGGGUUUCGUCUCCGCCAGCCGGCGCAGGCAGUGCGAGCGAGAGACAGGGCCAAACUCGUGACAGUGAAACAGAUGGGCGUGAUCGAGGCGAAGACCUGUUCGCUCCUGUGUUGCUCUCACAGGGACACAGUGUUUAUGCAGAGGAGGAAGACAAUUCACUCCCCUCGCUCAGCCUCACUUUUGUCGUACCUUCGUGCACCCUCACACUGAGGAGAGACCAGGUCACCAGCAUCUUUCAGUGGAUUCAGUAUACCAUCGUCCUCUACUCCGAUCUCGUCUACGGUGCUGUCGCUGACCACAUGAAACGAAAGCCGUCUGUUGAAGAGCAGGACGCGUACACAGCAGCCUGGCGCCGCCACCUUCUCACCAAAUCCGGCGGUCUUCCGACCGUGUAUUCGACUUGCAGAGCCGAGCCCGCGGAGGCACGCCGCCAGCAGCCGAACCCCGUUAUCGCCGACUCUCCCUUGUCGCCUCCCGCGGUCCUGGCUUCUUCAGCGGAAUCUUCCACAGCUGCCUCCUGCCCGUCCUGGUCCCUUCUGACUGAGGAGGCGAGUCGCGCGGAAGCGGCGCGCCGAGACGAGCAGACGCUUAAGAAUUUCGAGGAGAAAUUCUGGGUCGACGAAAUUAUACCGUUGCGCCACCUGGCGCUCGCGUCUCUGAAGAAGGCGAGCGAAAGACAGAGACAUCGCUUGGAAGGCGGCUGGGGCGCUCUCGCCUUCACUACACUGAAGCGCGACGAGGGCUUCCUCUCGUUCGUCGAUUCAGCUCAGCUGUCUCUCAGUCGAAGUGAUUGCGACACAAGAAUGCGCAACGAACGAGUGAGGAGGGCUUCAUCGCGAGAGGGCGCUCUUCCGUUUCCUUCAGUGUCUUCAGUGCCAGAAGGCUCUCCUUCCGCCACAGUUGAACGAAGAGAAGAAAGGCGCCAAGAAGAGUCGGUGCCUCGGCCUCUGUUUGCUCAAGACGGGGCGGCGACUGUGCUCGCUGGUGCUGACGACAGCCGUCGUCGCCAUCUUUGUGACUCACUGCGGAGAGGAGGAGGCCGAGAGGGUGCGUUCAGCGCAUCGGAGCACGAGGGCCAAAUGCACAAGGCACAUCGGGGAUGCCAGCGAGAGGCAGACGGCUCAAGAGAUGUUGGAAACACCAGCUCUGAUGUUAUGCCUGACUGCUUACUAGUUCCGCGGACAUUUGCGCGUGGGAGAGUGCCCAACUGUCGAGCUGAGGAGGCACUCUGCUUACACACCGACGCACCGGGCGGCGAUCGCGUCUCGGAGCGCCACGGCGGCCGCCAAAUCGUUGUCACGGGGUCUGACGGUAGAGAACUGAUCUUUGAGAGAACGAUGUAUACGACAGAGAUUCUCCACGGAGGUCAAACACACUAUGUCUCAAAUGGCUACCAUCGCCACUCGUCGCUAUUCUCGUCUGCGCCUCUGUCCACUCCUUUUGCUUCGCCCCCUUCCAGUUGUUUACCAGGGUGCCCCCCGCCUACAAAGGAACGGACUGAUUCGCAGAGUGAUGCCAACUGUCAAUCCGCUCCAUCUACCUUUCUUCGUGCUUCCUUUACGCCUCGUCCAGCGUGCGAUGCGAGGCGCAGUGCUCACACCAGUAGCCUAAACCACAUAGGGCACCACUCAGAGUCACCAUAUGUGUCUCGCUCCUGUCAAGUCAACGCGCCAAGUCCUGCUCGCGAUGCCUCUCCUGCCCACGUAGUCGCUGACAACGGCGUCGCCACUUCAGGUUUCGCCUUCAUUGGAGCCGACCUAAAUCCCCUUGAUCUGGCAGAAGAAGAAUGGGAUGAAAGUGCUGUGCGAGAGGACGUUCUUCGCAAUAUCGAGUCACUCCAGUCGGGACGCUUUACGAAGUCCACGCUUGUCGCCUUUGUGUUCAAAGAUGUGCGCCUGCGGCUGUGGAGCUCUAGCAGCUCUUCGCCGCAUAGCGACGCAGGCGCGAGAGGCAGCAGACGUGCGAGAGGUACGACCACCGCUGGAUCCCGCUCGGCCUUCUUGAAUGGGCAAAGAACGCAGCCAGAUGCAGGGGAUGGAGACCAAAUGCCGCCGCCUCCAACCCUUGCCAGCCGCAGGCGACGGGAAGGCGCUGCAUCAGAGGAGGAGCGAAGACGCACCGGAGAGAGGACUGCGUGGAAUGCGGUGUGGGGCGCCGCCGUGAGAGAGCGGACAACGUUCCAUCGCCAACGAGGAGAAGCUGAGGACACGCGGAGGCGACAAACCCUGAGUGGCGACGACCACUGCCUGCUCCUCACGUGCGACGAGCUGUACUUCCACAGGCUGAACUGGGCUGACGGCAGGGGUUCUAGCGCGUUGUUCUGCGAGCGUAUAUCCGUGGUCGAUCGGUUCUCGUCGUCUUUGCCCUGCCAAGUUGUCCGCUCUUAUGCGCCUCCCUCGCGGCCCGGCGAAUGCACCGCAACUUGCGGGAAUGGCUGGUCUUUGUCUGCGAAUCGAGUUCCCCCUGCUGCUUGUCAGAGCUCACUUUCCAGCAUCCGUGUCCCUCACUACACUGCUCAGCCCGAAGCGUGGACCCCUCCACAUCUGUCCAGCGCCUGUGGCGACUCAUCUUCUUCGUCCUGCUCCGCACCUCUCAGUCCGGCAGGUGCUUGCUCUUCGGCGGCCAGCCUUGCACACAGAAACCGCAGUGUUCCUUCUCCGCGCUGCGCUGCUCGUACUUCGUCUUCGUCUGCCCUCUCUUCCUGCGAGCUGCUGCGUGGACCUUCUUCGUUCUUUUCCGCGUCCUGCUCUUACUCACCGAGGCCUGCUCAAGCUCGCUGGAAGCUGCCACGGGGAUCGCCGGCGACGGAUGGCGCAAUUGUGGGCGGGAGCAGAAGUGGGAGGGCUCCUGCGGCUUGCGAGGGAAGUAUCGACAGUGAGGACUGGAGAACGCCUGCUCUGGGACAAGGCGAAACCAGCUCUGCGACGAAAUCACUCAGUGGCAGCUCUACUGGUCAACAGCUUCAGUCGCGCGCGACGGCUACCAGCGACGCUGACCAGCCGAGAUUGCAAAGCGCAGCGCAGACCGGGCGGUGCAGCCUGAGAGGGGUUGUUGGUCCUGGUUCAGCAGCCGCCGCUGUUGACGGUUUGUGGAGGCACCCCACCGGUGACACCCACGCCUGCGGUGUCAGAUACUCAGCGGCGACGCACUCGUCGACUGCUUUUGAAGAAUCACACGCGCCAUUACCACACCCGGGUUCGAGUGGCUCUUCCCCCCUGCAGAGCUGCGGCUGUUUAGGAGAUGGGCAGCAACUCGGCGCUCCGCAGCCGUUCGGCUCCCCCUGCCGCUGUCGGAACGUUUCGCGGACAACGCCCCCACGGCAGUACGCCUGGAUCCGCGUAGAACAGGUGUCCAGGCGUCUGCCAACGCAUCCAGAUCUCGUCGUCUACGGCGAGAUGUGCGGCCCGGUCACCAUAACGGUGUCGCCGCUGGCUGUGAGCUCUGCGAUUUCGGCGGUCACCCAGGCGCUGGAGCCCGUCGAGCGGGCCUACGUGCUGUCACGCGCGAAGGGGCGGGUUCAGGAAGCCAUCCGAAAAAGCGAGAUCUUCAUGGCUGAACUAGCCGACCAGCUGUACCGCGCCGACGUAUGCAUCACGCUAAAGAGUCCGCUGAGGCUCUUGGUGCCCCUCUGUGCGCAGAAGGAGGCCGCGCAGAAGCAACUGUCGCCCACGCACCGCAGAGGGAGGCGCGAGGAGAGUACGCUAGAGGCAGACGGCCCCAUAGACGGAAUAAGCGUCUGUGACCCGAAUGUUUCGCCGAGGCAGGAGCUGAGAGAUGCCCACAGCAACGCUAAUGCGAGAGCGAUAUCACCUGCAUCGCUCUGGCCGUAUUCGCCUCCCAGGGGAGGUGGACGAAGAGACCGGCGAAGAAUCGGCGCGGCAGCAGCGAGUUUAGGUGUGGAUGCGGCUGGGGAAUCGGAUCCGCAGGAGGCGGUGGUGAGAGGCUGGAAGGGUGCGACUGCAGACACCGUGGAUACGAGGAAAUGGGCAAGGAGGCGGAAGUCGCAACGCGAGAGUGGCAGCGUCAGGCAUCAGCCAGCGACGGGAGCCGACAGCCCCCCUUCGUCUCUGCCUGGCGCCAGAAAACAGAGAGAAAAUGCACGGAAUAGGGAAGUAGGAGCGAAUGAGCUAUACGACGCUUUGCUCUUUGAUUUUGGUGUCAUUGUAAUUGAUUCACAAAUUCGUGUUCCACAGUGCGAUCUGGUGCACGACGAGGGCGGUAUGCUGCUGUUGCGGGCUGCUGCCCCGGGCACCGAGCCUCUGGUGCCUUCUCGUUCAUUGCUUCGUCCCUCCCCGCACGCCAGACCGAUUCGCCCGCCUGCACGAGCUUCUUCCCACCACGUACCCGGUUCGUCGGCGGACUCCACGAAGACUGUUCAGAAGUUUUCUGUGUCAUUCUGCCGGUCCCCGUCAAGUCUCGCUUCGCCGUCCGUCACGCCGCCGCCCCAGGAGGCAGCGCGAAACAUCCCGCCCGCUAACCACUCCCCGCCUUUGUCAAGUAAAGACGGGAGUAGGAAGCAGGAAGGGACGGGUCCGCCACAUGUCUCCAGUUCUGCGUCUGCUUUGCCGUCUUCCUCCCCCUCGUGGUCAAAGGAUUUCUCUCCGUGUUCUUCAUAUCGCCUUCCGCCGCCGUCUUCUCCGUCACUUCGCGCGUCCAUAUGCCCUCCCUACGACCGCUACGCGGUGCUGUGCAGCGGCUGGAGCACGAGUCGAGUCCACAGCUUUCUCGCAUUCAUGGAGCAGACAGCCGAGUGCGCGUGCGCCGUUUGUUGCUUUCAUGCAUCUCACAAAUGCUUCUGUGUUCGGUCGCGGAACGAAUCCAGCUGUACACCGCCGCGGCGACGGGUCGCAGAGAACCGUGAUGACGCAGCAGGAGCAUGGCGGCCAGACGACACACAUUUUACCUUCUUAUCUGGCGCCGGCGGUCAUGCGUGCCCCGGACUGCGAGGUUGGUGCCGAAGCCAAGUUGGCGGCGGCACGGGAGAACGGGAAAGCGAGGACGACGUGGCGCAGGAGAGGAGAAGAACCCCGCUCGCUUCGCCCUCCCCCUGUCGCUACUUCUACGCCACACCCGCAAGGGAGGUGAAGGCCCCUGCACGGUCUCCGGGGAUGGCUCAAGACCCAGGGUAUCGCAUACGCGAAGAGCGCGCCUACCGUGGAAAUGGAAACAAGGCAGGCGAUGCCAAAAGUUCUCGGCCUGAGUCCCGUUACCCGAAAAAAACCGAGGACGACACGGACGCUGGAAACAGAGAGGAUACGGGACAAGACAGAGCUCGUGACAGUCGCUCGGGGACCUACAUACUUCACCCGCUCUCCUUUCGAAUGUGCGGGGAUAUCUGUCACUUGGGAGGCGACGCAGUGGACAGUCUUCGGCUUCCAAAGUUUAGGCUUCUGGUUCAAGAUGACAGCGCCAGCGGAGUCUUCGUGGAGCUCGCUGACGAUGACGUGCGCCAGCUGUCGAAGCUGUACCGCGAAUGUCUGCAGGCUCUUCAGCUUUCUUCUUGCGCAUCUACCCACACUCGCACUGAUGUCCCUGCCGCACACGCUCAGGGCACUGCCACGCCCCUGAGAUACGGAGGUUCCCGACGCUGCCUUGCAGUGGUGGAUGGGAACGUGAGACCUGUAUACACGUCGAAGUUACAGACGAGGGACACUGACGCACGCCUUGGUCUCUUUCCGCUCGAGCACACCCGCGGUCACCGUCCUGCUUGUCACUGGUCGAAGUCUCACGCCAUAUCGCGUUCAUGCUCUGCGCCCCACGAAGGCGGAUCGACCUGGAGUGACUCUGCAGCGCCCGCCAAGGCGAAUAUGGAUCGUGAAGCGGUGGCACCAUUAUUCUUGACGCUGAAGAGCGACGCUGCCUUGGAAGACAGGCGUGGAAACCGUAGGCCAAUUCUUCCGAGCUUCCACAAGCUCCCGCGCCUCUCGUCGGCUUCGCCCUUACCUCCUCGGGCCGCUGGCGAAGAGAGCGACUCUUCCCGUCUGUCUUUGCAGUCCCAGUCUUCAUCGGCGUCGUCGCUGGAUUCCCAUCCCCACAGAGGGGAGCGAUGCGCCCCUCCAGUGGUGCAUUCGUGCCGCGCCACGUACUCGUCACCUACGCUGGAGGACGAGACGCCGCCACAGAGACCGCAGGGACGCCAGCAGAGCCGCAGACGUUCAUUGUCCGGUCGAAAUCAGCAUGAGCCGCACUACCUGCAGUCCAUGUUGAAGCCGCUGCUUAAGACGGGCCAGCGGCGUCGUUGUUCUAGCGGCGACUUGCUUACCAAGGACAGCUGGAGAGACUGGGAGCGUGUGGGCACGCCCUACCAGGAGGACCAAGGAAGGCCCGCGAUGCAUGUCGCUCCGGCGUGCGAUGCGUGCCUGUCUGACAGGCGUUUCCCCCCUCUCGUUGACACCAGAGGACGAGAGAACUCUUCAUUUUUCCAGAUGCUUUCCCUCAUGGUGCACAGAGCGUUCAUCCGCCGCAGACAUGAUGAAGGCGACGUCUCAGUCUCACCGCCGGUCACCCUUUCUCACGUCGGCAGCAGUCUGUCACGGAGACCGGAGACGCCGGAACAGCGCCGCAUCUCGCGUUUAACGAGAAUGUUCUCGCUCCUCUCGGAUCGACCGGGAGUUCGAAACAGCCGACUCUUCAAAACACUGCACUCCUCGUCGCUGUCUGACGACCGCUCUUCGGUUCUACGCUCGAGUACAGAGGGAAGCCGGCUGCUGGGGGGAGAAGCAGCGGAUCGCCCAUCACCUCGGCCCAAUGAUGAGGCAGACUCCGCAUGUUUGCCUCGUUUCAGCGUCUUCACUGGAACACAUCGCCCGGAGCGCAGACACGGAGGCACGCUGCGUUUCCUAGAAUCUGUCAGUGCUCGUCAGGAAGGCUUAUCCGGCGGGCGGUACCGCGGGAUGGACUCUGCCAGUCAGUCAGGAGCGGUGCGGACGCUUUCGGCCGGACCCCCCGGUAGUGAAGCCAUGCACAAGCAGAGAGAACCAGAUCGGCGUGGAGGACAAAAGAGAGAAGACAUGCGGCACCUGGGGGAGGAAGCAGCAGAUUACAGACUCAACAGGCACACACGGGCCAGCCAGUACGAAAGUUCUCGCGACGCGGAUAUGGGUUACAGUGUAUCAGACAGAGAAUCCCACAUGCUGGAAGCCGCUGGCCUCGAGGGCGUUGUGCCAGCGAGGAACCUGCCGAGGCAAGUCGCCUCGGCGGCGGACGGCCGCGCAGCUACUCCGCUUCCCAGUCGGACAACACCCGUGUUUGAAGAAGUUGCAGAUAGUGAAGGGAAGGCGGAAUUUUGGGUUAGCAGUCCGCGCCAGAAGCGGCUAAGGACGACCUCGGAUGCAGAGAGGCUAGUGAAGAUGGAGAGGACGGUGACACGAAGGAGCUCCCGCGCGAAGGCCUUGACGGUCUCCGGCGGCGGCACUGACGCUGACGAGGACACAAGCGCCGAGGGGGAAAGGAGGGUCCUUCGGGGUCGGUGCCCUCUAGAAAAACUACUACAGUACAGGGAAGAGGGAGGAUCAAGGACCGGAGAGAAAGACAGGCAAUGGAAUGUGCACUUCUUCCGAGGGCAGAGCGACGACGACUUCUGGCAGAAUCGUCAGCGACACAAGCGGCGUCGCAGAACCCGCAGAACUCGUUCUGAGGGAGACAAUGACAAAUUGUCUCUUGAGCCGGCUCCUCAGAGAGCAAGCCUCGGCGCCUACCGGGAGGGCCCCCCGUUCAGUCCCUCAGCGAUGGGGGACGCGUUUCGCCGAGUGGUCGCCAAAGACGGUCCCGUAGGGAAGCCGGCCUCCGACCAAAACAGGGGUCACUGUUCCUCCCCACCCGGAGUCUGUACAGAUUCUGCUUCGUCGUCGCCGCGAGGCCUCGUGAGUGCCGAAGUACAAUUCGAGCUUUCGCGUCUGACGAUUGUCGUGCUCUGGAACGCCGAAGGAUGCCGUUCGGUGGCAAGGAGGCACUUCAGCGCUACUCCAGGCGAGGCCCGCUCAGCCUCUUCCAAGUCGCAAGUGAAGCAUGAGCGAGCGAAAGAAGAUGACGGGGAUACGCAACAGCAGCAGACGACGCCAACGGCCGAGGAUGACCGCUGCUCGCGGAAGCGUCGCGCACCAGGAAAUGCCUGCGUGGCGUUAGACUACAACGGUCUACGCCAGGUGUCCACGGCAAACGUUCUGAAGCGCUCAGACUUGCUUUCAAGACUGCCUCGCGCUCUCGAGCAAGACAACUGCCACACAAGUCCUCGCCGUGUGGCUUGCCAAGCGCUUGUGGAAGAUCGCGACGGAGCCUGCUGGAGCGGCCGCGGUGGGACUGAGUACGAUCUGUCGGGUCGGUCUACGUCAUACGGAGUCGACAGCGAAGCCGACGCAGACGAAGCACGGGCCCGUGCGCGGUUCUCCGCAUCGGCCGCCUCUGGGGAGGGGGUCCCAUUGUUUAGACAGUGUCAUGACGGGUUAGCUUCUUCAGUGGAAAGCCCAGGCCGCUGUGCGUCACUUGGCGCCGACGCUCACAGCUCAACCGAUCCCUCCACCCACUGUGAAACGGACAGUCCCGCAGGGACAGACACUUCGCGCUCCUGUUCGCUCCACCCGCGGUGCUGCGCGUGUUGUCGCGACGUCGCGGCAGGCCACGAACGACAGAAGGGGCACGGGCUUAGCCUCUUUCCAGGCACUGGCAGGCAGCUCUGCGUUGGCAUCUCUAUCGUGAAUGUGAGAGCGGCUGCGCGCUCAGGGCUGAGCAGCUCGAGGGACGCAAGAGUAAUCGAUGUAGCGAGUCUCGGAGAAGGCGCUGUUGUGGGAUCGACUCGGUGCGUCUACCGGUGCUCAGCUGGGACCGUCUCGCUUAUUGUUCCGCAAAGCCCGGACUCUCCCCGGCGUCCAGGUCUGCUGCAUGUUUGCAGGACAGCAGUGGCGCAACACCCUGAGAGAGAGUCCCGCACGAGACGGGAGGGGACGAAGGCGGCAGAUGCCGGGGAAGGCGCGCGCGCGCCGUCGUCUGCCAUACGCGAAGGUACAGGAGCCGUGUCCGGCGGCGACAGGAGUAGCCAGAUGUGGUCACCGGCUUCCGCAGUGGUCCACCGGGGGGCGAAAGCAGAGAGCACCGCGGACACGAGUUCUGAACACGAUCGAGAGCAACAACGAUGGUCGCGGUAUCAAUACGACGAGGCAAACGUGACACAGGGUCACCUGCCAGAAGCAGGGCAAACUAACCCAGACUGCGGGCUCUCUGAGGGCGUCACGGCGCAUGCUGCACCGGGCUCGUUAAUUCAGUCUAUCUGCUCGAAACGAAGGCGAAGAAGCAGCAGCUCUCAGAGUUGGGUAGCCUGCAAACAAGAGACCUCUUCAGAGCAUGACAGAAGGGGAAGAUGCGUUCAGAAUGAUGUGCGACCUCUCCGUACGGAUAUCACCGCGCAGGAACAGACACGCGUGGCACCGACUGCGAACGACUCUGGCCUGUGCGCAGCACGGCCAGCGUGUCAUACAAGGAGUCAAGGGCGCAAGGAAUGCAGAGACACGAUGGAAAGGGACUGGAGAGACGAACCGAGUGAACCGUGGUGGUGGAGAUGCCACACAGUAUUCAUGCUGCACGCGAUCCGCCGCGAAGAUAAAGUUGAUCCGUCUCUCUCUCUUCUACCUGCUCCUCCGCCGGCUCUUGUCUCGCUCUGCGAACGACUGGCGCCCUUUCUUCCCCCACGGUCACUCCAGGGGGAACAGGAAAACCGUGUUCCUGCAUCCGACAACACGAACUCAGACGCAGGGCUGAGCACCUUCUCCUCCACCUCGAAGCUGCCGGAGGAGCAGGGUGAAUGGACGCCACGUCGGUCUAGUUCUCGCGCCCGGCUCGGCUUCGCACAGGUGCCGCAGGGCGUGGCGGGUGGGGGCCAGCCCUCCCGACAGGGUGACGCGACCAUGUGGACGGGAUGCGAGAUGGCGGAAGUGCGUCGACGAAACGACGCACUGAACGGCGAUACAGUCGAGCGCUACUUGGUGGCGUCUGAAACCGCCAAGAGGGCUUCAUUCCUUGCUGCCACGUCUGUUCCCCUGUUCCCCGCGUCGACAUGUCGUCCUGCCUGUGGAGGCGGCAGCACAUCUAGCCGAACAGUUUCCAGUCGAGGCCGCGACAACAGUGCGCUCUUUCCGAACCUAGCAUCAGGCUGCGGACUACACUGGCGUCGUGCAUUCCCUCCACUGGUCCCUUGUUUUCCCGGUCAGUACGUCCUUCGUCGGGAGCUGCAUCCAUUUUCGCGUCUUGAGAUCUCUCGGCAGGCCACGGCCGGACCGGCGGCGCAUACUGUGUGGAUCGCGAGCCCCUGCCGGGAGAUGGCAGAGAGGGAAGACGGAGAUAACAAGAUACUGGUAGUUGAAGAGGAAGAAGGAGAGGAAUGGAACACCACAGAAGUUGUCAUAGUCAACACAGUGCUCGGCCUGCGGUGGGUUGUUACUUCUCGCGAAGCAGCAUUGCUAGCGCACGAGACGCGCCGUAGAGGCACUCAGUAUCUGUCACUCCUUGCAGACGAGGGGGGACGUCGAUCGUCGGUCUUGCGCCAACAACCUGCGAGCAGAAACAUCGACCAUGAAAGACCUCUUGCAUCAAGAGAGCCAGACCCCACUCGUCUCGCUGUGAUAGGGGAUGCUUCAUCAAACAGACUACGACCACGCUUCUCGUCUGCGCCUCCUGGGCGACCUGCAAUGAUAAUGGAGCCCAACGGAGAACGAUACAAAGCUCACGGAGAACAAGAUAAGCCCGAUUUACAGCUCGACGGAGAUAUCUGCUUCAAGUCGUUACAGCAUUCCUUAAGUCUAGUCAUACAGCCAUACAGGAUACUUAUGGACUGGGAGGCGGCAGGAAAUAUGGUCGGUAAGUCAGAAAAGAAGACAGGGAGGAAGAAAAAAACCGGCAAGCGAAUCGAACACAAAGCCGAAGCGCACAAGAGAUGGGGCACACUUUAG